AUAACAUAAGAAAUAAUUAGCUAUGGAAUUUCGUGAAAACUUACAUUUUGGAACUUAAAAAUAAUAAAUUAUACACUAAUUGCGAUGAUCAUAAUUUUAGCAUCACACAUUUGAAUGAACGUGUUAUGCUACAAUUACAAUCGUGUAUACGCAAUUAGUGUAUAUAUUAUCAUUUUUAAGUUCCGGGAUGUAAGUUCCAUGAUAAAAAAUGAUAUUAUUUAAACGAUUAAAUUAUCACCAAUGUUGUCCGACAAAAAGCUAUAAGUGCAUUUUGGACAAUAACAUUGUCGUAAUAGUUUCCCGACUUUAUAAUGGUGUAUACAUAAAAUGAUGUUACUUCCUGUCUUCUGUUAUUACAUUAUAAGUGAAAACAAUUUUGUGGUAUUAAGAUGAAACCAGCAUGUGGGUGAAAUCAGUUGUGUAUCUUCAAAGGAUUAAUGUCUCUUCUUGUCGCUCUAUUACCUAGCACAUUUUCAGACAAAAUUUUAGCAGAACGAAAUUACAUUCGUACCGAUAAUUAAUAAUAACACAUUAUGUUAGACAUUUGCUUAGAAGGUAUAAAGAAAAGUUUAAUUAACUUUGUGCAUUCAAAACUUUCAUAGUUUAACCAUCUACCAUGUAUCUACCAAACAAGAUAUUUUAUUGUUUUAUGCUUCUAUUUGUUGUUUUGACAUCUGAGUGUCAAGAAAAUUCUACAAAAAAAGAUAAGCAGAUGAAGAGUUUGGCGAUGCGGGAUGAUCUUCUUGAAAGCUCUAUAAAAUAUCCAAAUAACAAGAUCAAGUUAACACGAUGCAAUUCACGUGAAAAUUUUAUCAAGAAUGACGACGAAAUGCAAUAUAAGCCCGAUAUUAAUUCUACACAAAGCAAUAGAAAGAAUGAUGACGAUUCGAAACAACCUCACGAAUAUAUCAGGACAAAUUGCGAAAAAAGUAAGCAGAUGGAAUUUGAUGUAAAUUCUACAGAGAUCAACGAUGCAAUGUUACAAGAAAUUGAGUAUCUUUUCAAGACCAAAAACGAGAGUGAUUCCGCAUCGUACGAAGACGAAAAUUCCCAUACAAACGAUAAUAUUGAAGUCAUCUUUGUUCCAAAUGAAGAGUGUGACAAUGUGUCUUGCAUUCAAUUCUGCUGUCCUUUUAAUGAUACGGUGGAGGACAACUGCGUUGAAAAAGGAAAUGGUAGUUUCUUUUUUCCACCCUUUUCCUUAUAUGCGAACGCUUCUGAACAUGUAAUAUUUUACGUGACUUUCCGUAAUCCAUGCCAAGGAUUUCAUCUCGAAAUAUUUGACUUUUACAAGAAUGGCACUAUAGGAGAUCCAAAUAAUACUAACAAACUCAUUUUGUCGACAGACUAUUGCUUUGCCUUCUUAAAUCAAAGCAUUUAUAACAUUCUUGUCUGCAAUGAGACUGAAGAGAAUGAAGAGAUGGAUUUUUUUUUGUAUUUAUAUGGUUUGUGUGCUCUAGUGUCUUUGCCGUUUCUGCUAUUGACGUUCAUAAUAUAUUCAAUAUUGCCAGAGCUCCGAAACAUCCAUGGUUAUACAUUGCGUGCACACAUUGCUUCAUUAUUUAUUAUGUAUGCGAUGGGUGUUUUUCUUUUUAUAUGUGUUGUUAUAGAAAUUGAUCUACUAAUUUUUAUAUUAAUGGAUGACACAGUAUGUACUUCAUUAGUCUAUAGUUGGAAUUUCUUUUUCUUGUCGACCUUUUUUUGGUUAAACGUAACAUGCUUCGACAUUUGGUGGACAUUCAGAGAGCUCUGUUUAUAUCAGACAAAUGUAAACCAAAACAAAAUUUUAAUAUAUUCGAUCUAUGCGUGGGGAAUUCCUUUGAUCCUUAGCAUUAUCUUUGCUAUUAUGGAUUAUCUGAAAAUAUCAAAUUGGCCGGAAACUUGUUUAGAAAAAUUUUGGUUUAGUGAUAAUCGAGUAACAAUGUUAUAUUUUAUUGUACCCGUGGGUGUUACUCUAAUCAGUAACGCUUGUUUCUUCAUCACCACAGCAGUAACAAUUAUGUACCAGAAUAUACGUACAACUAAGAAACUAAGAGACUCUGAGAGUAAACGCCAUAAUGAAAAUAAGCAAAGGUUUAAUAUGUACCUGAAGCUAUCUAUAGUGAUGGGAAUUAGCUGGAUUUGGGAGGUAAUAACGUGGCCGUUCGACGAAGAUGACUUGCCGAAGGCCAUUACUUAUUUUUUCAAUAUUAUAAAUUUUUCGCAAGGCCUUAUUAUUUUUAUCACAUUUGUGUGUACAAAAAGAAUAAAGCGUUUGUUGCUAAAACGAUUUGGUGGGCUGAAUUGCGGUCCAUUUGAUAAAACGUACAACAAGAGCACGGUGUCGAAUGCCACUGACAUAUCAACAUCAGAAACUGUAAUCAUGCAAGAAGUCGGACCAUCUAAUCAACAACUAAACUCGCAGACCCGAAUUAAUUCUACUCGUAGUAUUGAAAUAUAAAAGAGAAUAAAUUUUAUUACAGAGUUAGCAAUUAAUCAGCUAAAGAUUGAUCUUGCAUUAUUAUUAAUGUAUUUUAUUGCUCUUUUUAAAAGUACAACAUGAUACACAUGUUUUAGUAGACUGUUUUGAAAAAUUUAUACAACAUCGAUCGUAAAUUGUUAUUAAUAUAUUAAAUAUGUGUACACAAAUUGCAAUUUUAUAUAGGGAAAGUCUGGACAAGAUGGUACGACCGGGCAAGAAGAGACAUUACUAAUUUCCGACUAUAACAAUGCGUUUAACUUGAUUAUUUAAUUAAAUAAAAAGAAAAAUAUUUCAAUAUAACACUGAAUUCUUAAAAUAUUAUAGAAGCAGAAGUUAUAGUUAUCUAUUGUUACAGUCGAGUAAUAGCGAUGUCUAUUCUUGUUCGGGCAUACCAUCUUGUCCGGAGUUUCCUCCAUAUAAUAAUAAUGAUAAUCUUA